GCCCGGCCUGGCGCGGCGCCGCGGGAGCAGAAUGAGCAGGACGUGGAGGAUGAGGAGAUGGAGGACGCCGGCAAGGCUGCGGCGCCGCUGCUGAGCUACGCCCAGCAGCUGAGGGCGGCCGCCGAAGCCAUGGCCAAGGCGGCGGCGAGCGGCGCACUUGCCGGCGGCUUCCACAACCCGCUGCUCGGCGGCGGCGCGCCGUUUGGCGCCGCUGCGCAGCUGGCCGGCGCGGCGGACACAGGCCAGAGCGACGCGUCGGGCAGGGUGCGGGCGGUUGGCGGUGGGCAGGCAAUCGGUGGCCUGCACGCGCGGCCCGGCCGGGGCGAGGGCGGCGACCAGCGGCAGCCCGGCCCCCAAGGUGGUGCGGCCGGCGCGGAGCGGGGGCUGGAGGCGCGGUUGACCGCCGAGAAGCACAUGAUAAAGCUGGACAGCAAGGCGGCUGCCGAGGAGAGCCUGCUGCCAUUCAAGCCCACCGGGGCGGUGCUGGUGGACGUGCGCGACGGCCCCGCCGCCCGGCAGCAGGUCCCCAAGGCCAAGGCUCAACAGCCACGCCGGGGCACGCAGCCGGGCCCUCACUUUGGCCUGCGGCGCAAGGCGGGGCGGGAGGAGCUGUGGUACCGCUCCGGCAUAAGAAUCAUGGUCUGCAUAUGGAGCGUCAGGGUUGAGGUCCGAGACGUGGCCAAGUUGCAGCCCACAGCCAACGGUGGCCACGGUGACGGCGGCAGGGACAGCGGCGAUGACGACGACGACGAGGAAGUGGUUGUUGGGACCUUCACUGCUGUGGGGCCCAAGAUGAUCGACACGGCUAAGCGCGCAGUCUUCAGGCUGCUGGCCGGGAUGGCCGCAGGGACCCGCGCUUCGCAGGACCCUCCUGCGUUCUGGCGCCGGGCGAGCUUUUACGAGAACGAGGCGCAGUUUCGGGGGGAGGUGUCUGAAAUGGCGGACAGGCUGGUGGCGCUGGGGCCGGGGAGGGGCAGGAAGGGGUGA